GUGAUAUGAUCAUAGUGGCGCACCCUAACCAGGAUCCUAGCAGCUCUGUUCUGAAUGUACUGCAGCUUCUGGAGGCUUUUGCUAGGUGUAUGUUUGUGUGCAUUAAAUAAAUAUGUAUUUUUGUUUCUAUGAAGUAUUGGGACUUCUAAAGUGAAAGUAGAUGGAACGGGAAGAACAGGUUAAAUGAAAGUAAAUAUGCACACCUUUAUCGACAAGGAAGGACACUUUAAAAGCAGGAGAGUUUUUGACAUUAUAUCAGCCCAGUCCUCUCUUGUCUGUGUACAUGAAAAGAAUUUCCAUUUCAGGACAUCAUGGAGAUAUCAUGGCUCAGGGACAUUGCUGAGAGGUUCUUCAUAUUUUUGGAGGAGUGCUCUUUACUAUGGUGUUAUCUCAUCUCUAAUAUCUUUGCUGAACUAUACAGAAGCAAGCCAAAAAGAUAUCUGUUCACAGUUUUUUUUGUUUUGGUGAUUAUAUAUUUUUUAUGGAUACGGAUACCCAAGCAGACAGACAACACAGUAAAACCCUGUGAUGAGUAUUAUACUAAGGCAGCAGUGGCAGCGGAUGCUGGGAAUUGCUCUGAGAUUGGGAGGGAGAUGUUGAAGCGUGGCGGUUCAGUAGUUGAUGCUGCUAUUGCUGCUCUGCUGUGUUUGAGUGUGGUUAAUCCUCAAAGCAUGGGAAUCGGAGGAGGUGUGGUUUUCACCAUAUACAACGCAUCAACAGGAAAGGUGGAGACCAUUAAUGCCAGAGAAACUGCUCCAAUGAGUGCUUCAGAGGACAUGUUAGACAAAGACACUAAAAAUAAUCCAGGGUUGUUGAUAGCUGUACCAGGAGAACUGCGUGGUUAUGAGAUGGCACACAAAAGACACGGGAGACUGCCAUGGAAGGAUCUGUUUCAGCCCAGUAUAAACCUGGCAGGGAAGGGUUUUCUGAUUGGCAAGGCCUUGGCCAGAGCCAUUAAAGAAUUUGAGAGCACAAUUCUGAAUAAUACAUUGUUGUGUGAAGUGUUUUGCGACUCAAACAAUACAAUCUUGAAGGAAAAUGAUAAUAUAACAUUUCCCAAACUAGCUGAGACCUAUAGGAAUAUAUCAGAAAAUGGAUCAGAAAUCUUUUACAAUGGGUCAUUGACUCAGAUUAUAGUGGAUGAUAUCAAUGCUACAGGAGGGAUUAUAACACUCGAUGACCUGCAGAAUUAUCAACCAGUGCUGAAUGAGUAUGCAUUAAACUUUACUGUGGGGAAAUACAUAUUUCAUGCUCCUGAUGCUCCAUUUGGUGGACCUGUGCUCGCUCUGAUACUCAACAUACUUGAAGAUUAUGGCCUGUCAAGCAGCAGUGUGUCGACAAUAGACAAGAAGAUUUUGACCUAUCAUCGCAUGAUAGAGGCAUUUCGAUUCGCUGAAGUUGAAAAAUGUAAACUGGGAGACCCACGUAAUGAAAAUGUCACUAAGAUUGUCAAAUAUAUGACCUUAAAAAGCUUUGCAAAGGACAUCAGGAAUAGGAUUAAAGAUGACAUCAAACUAAACAGUUACGCUGAAAAGUGUGAGAAUUGUAUGGAUGAUGACCAAGGCACAUCUCAUCUGUCCAUCAUUGCAGAAGAUGGGAGUGCAGUGGCAGUCACCAGCAGUAUCAAUGACUAUUUUGGCUCUAAGGUGAGGUCAAACUCAACAGGCAUUAUAUUUAAUGACCAAAUGAAUGAUUUCAGUAAGCUGAAAAAUGAAUGUGUUGAAAACAACUUAAUUAAACCAGGUAAAAGGCCACGUUCAUCAAUGUGUCCCACAAUAAUAUUGGACAAAGAUAAUGGAAAAGUCAAAAUGGUGGUUGGAGGUGAAGGUGGGACAAACAUCACCACAUCCAUUGCUCAGGUGAUCCUGAAUUAUCUGUUCUUUGACUAUGACCUGAAGAAAGCUGUUGAAGAGCCCAGAGUUCAGAUCCGAAAAGAGACAAAUGUAGAAGACUGCUUUGAUGUGAAAGUAACUGAUGGCUUGAAGAAGAAGAAUCAUACUAUAUUUCACAAUGCUGAAGAAUCAGUGAUCCAGGCAGUCGUACAACAGGGGGAAAAACUCUGUGCUGAAUCUGACUGCAGGAAAGGUGGCUAUCCUGCUGGAUACUGAACACUGAUCCUGUUUUUAGAGAAAGUUAAAAGUUAAACCAUUGUCCAGUGACAGCUAUUCAUGAAUAACAUUUUGUUUUAGCCAUCCUGCAUUAUGAUAUAUCACACAUUUUCUAAAAAUGUUGUACUUUUUUUCUCAGAAGUAAUCCAGCUUGCACAUUUUAUUACUUUUUUUUUAUUUAACUUGCUAUUACUUGCAUUUUAAAUUCUGCUAAUAUAUAUAUAUAUAUAUAUAUAUAUUGCUGUAUUAUCUUGCGGUAUUACCUUAUUACCUUAUCACACUUGUGUUGUUCCUAGUCAAAAAUCACUGGCUUUCAAAAAAUUGCUUAUGAAUCUCUCAUUAUGCUAUAUUGUCACCAAAUAUUGGAUUCAAUCUUUUUGUCAGCUUGGUUUCUUUCAUUUAGGACUGGUUUUGUAUUUCUUUUUGCAUCUGAUUAAUUGUAGGCCUCAUUUAUCUGAGAGUAAGCACCUUAGUUUUUGAGUGAAAAAAGGUUUUUUGUAAAAAUAUGACAAAAAUAAAUUUGCAUUGUUUAUCACACUAGUGUGCCUUAAUGUCAAGCAGAAGAUUUAUUUUGAAAUGGUUUUAUUUUGGUUUUUAUUUAUUACAAAAUGGCACAAAAUCAUACUUGUGAUGAUGAUCUGCGCCACUAGAGGGAGAUGUUCACUUUAAACACCCAAGAACAAAAAUCAAGUCACACAAGUAGGCCCUUUCCCAAAUGGCACCCUAAACACUGGGCCUUGUUUAUGAAACCAUAAGCACCGAUCCUGAGGGCUCGAGCAGCCAUGGAAAAACACAAGAUAUUCUCCAUU